CUGAUCGUGCGUCUCUCUCUCUCGCAAGCCUAAACUUGUGACAAGUGUGUUGCGCAGGAUGUAGGGCGUAUGGUAUUUUCCAAUGACAAAGUCUUGCGUGCCAAUCGAGGUUCUUGGUGAAAUUUCUUUUCCCCUUUUUUGGAGUAAAAAACAGAGCUUACGGUAUUCGGAUUGAGAUUUUGUGUAAAAAUAACUCUGUCACUUUAGAUUUAACAAGUGCAUAUCGCUUCGGAUUAUCUGUGGGAUUAUUGACCCUUUUGGAAUGUGUUUUACUUCUGGAUUAAAGUUUUAAAAAUAUGCCUUCUUAAAGCCAAAUAUGUUUGGUGCUGACUUUAAACUGAUCCAUGAAUCGAGGAUUGAACUCUCUGACAUGUCUGAUGGAUCUUUAAUCUGAGUCAAUGAGAUUUGAGCAGAACUAUCAUUGUGGAUUACAAACAGUUCUAUCCAUUUCUGAUUGCGGGGUUCUGAUUGAAUUGUUUUAUCAUCAGUUAUAUCAAGUCAUAGAAAUGAUUUAGAAAAGGAGUUUCUUGACCCUUUGCAAAUUACAAUGAGACUGAUUGAGAGGAGGGUUGUGGAAUUGUGUUUUUGACUCUGAAACAAUUUGAUCUACUUGUACCUACAUUGUAAUGCAAGUCUGUUGGGAUAUCAUAUGCAAUGUUUUAUAGGUAUUUGGAGGUGGUCAUUAGGUUUAAUGAUUCAUGGAAUCAAUUCACCUCAUAAACUCAUCCUGUGCUUGAAACUGUCGAGUAGACAGCGAAGGAUUUACAUCAUGUUGAAGUUUCGGAAGAUGGCAGCUCCGUCUAGUGAGCGUGACUUGGAACGUCGGAUGGAUCAAAUGCGUAUACAGGACGGAAUGAAAGGUCCAAUGGUCGGGAGCCCGCAGACAAGACAUGGCCUGUCACAACCUUACAAAAAUGGCCUGCCAACAUUCACGCCAGUUAUCUACAAAAACCCGGAGGAGGACGACUCAGAUUCGGACGAGGAUUACCCCCCUCCUCCACCGCCGGCCGUGUCGGCAACCGUCAUCGUUCAAUCACAGAAUUUCCCCCCUCCACCUCCAUCGUCAGGUUACGGUGGUUACAAUCCUCCCCCUCCCGGAACCGUCUGCCAAGCAACCAGCCGAACAAUGCACGGUGAUCACCCUCCCCCGCCACCACAGUCAAGGGAUUACGAAAACUUGCCUCCAGGUCCACGAGUGCAACGGCAGCCAGGGCCACCGCCAGGAGGGGCACCGUAUCCAUAUCAACAGCCUUUGAGGUCACCCAUGCAGCAACAGGGAGUUCCACAUAAUCAGCCUCGGUCCCCACCGUCCGUGAGGCAAGAGAUGCAAAAGAUACCAGAUUCACCGACACAUUUGUAUCCCUCAAGAUCGAGUCUUGAGGCAUCGCCAUACAGAUACGACCCUGGUUGUUCCCAGUAUCCAGGGUCUGGGUACCACGAUCCGGAGAGAGAUGGGCCUCAAAAGGGCUAUAAUGACCCACAGAGAGAUGGGCCUCCAGUGGGUUAUAAUGACCCACAAAGAGAUGGGCCUCAAAUGGGCUAUAAUGACCCACAGAGAGAUGGGCCUCAAAUGGGUUAUAACGACCCACAAUGGGAUGGGCCUCAAAUGGGCUACAAGGACCCACACAGAGAUGGACCUCCAAUGUCGCACCAGGACCAUCAGAGAGAUGGUCCACCAGUUAGUUAUCAGAGUGGCCCACCCCAAGGUUAUGAUGACGGAUAUGGACCAUCCCAGCAUGAUCAUCAUUACGACCAUGUCUACUCUCAGCCGCAAAGUCCUGCCUUCCAAAAACCUCAGAGCCCUGACCCACCGCACCAUAGCUACAGCUCUGGCUCACCGACAUCUGGUCAACCCAUAUAUGCCACUCCACAGCCACGGCAACAUAGCGCGAACAGGAGCCAAAGUCAACAAACGCCAGGAGGACAACGGUCACCAGCCUAUGCCGUACCAUCUCAGAGCAUCGCACAGAGCACUGGGUAUGGCGCUCCUCACGCUGCUCCAACUUCUAUCUCUCUCACCCCAGCCUCUGCAACAGUCACACGGACAGUCCCAGCUGCCCAUAGCAGUGUGACGUUCCGUACCAGUGAGUCAGGUCCGCUGAAACCGAGUGGACCCCCCAGUGGUGCAGGUGGGGCCCGAGGGAGUGGGCCAGAGAAGUCCUUGAAAGAAGCCGAGGUCGACGCCUUGACUAAUCUUCUGCUGCAGAACAUGGAGGCAACCAAGGACCCAGAGUACUAUGGUUUAUGUAAUAAGUGUCACCAAACUAUCAUUGGAGAAGAUGCGGGCUGCACUGCCUUAGAUCAGGUUUAUCAUGUCCAGUGCUUCCUUUGUACUCAGUGUGAGAAAUCUUUGAAAGGUUGCCCUUUCUUUGCCAUGGAAGGAAAUCCAUAUUGCGAGGACUGCUAUUUGAAUACUCUUGAGAAAUGCUCAGUUUGCUCAAAACCCAUAACCGAUAGGAUCCUGCGAGCUACUGGCAAACCCUACCACCCUCAGUGUUUCACGUGUGUUGUUUGUGGUAAAAGUCUCGAUGGGAUUCCAUUCACAGUCGAUGCUACAAACCAGAUACAUUGUAUAGAAGAUUUUCAUAGAAAAUUCGCUCCCCGGUGCUGUAUGUGUCGCUAUCCCAUCAUGCCUGAGCCCGGUAAAGAAGAAACAGUCCGUGUCGUGGCGAUGGACAGGAGCUUCCAUGUCGGCUGCUACAAAUGCGAGGAUUGUGGUUUGGUUCUCUCGUCUGAAGCGGAGGGACGUGGCUGCUACCCUUUGGAUGACCACCUAUUGUGCAAAAGCUGCAACGCCAAGAGGAUACAAGCCAUGACCGGGAAAAUGACAACGGAGCUUUAGAAUCGAGAAUCAAGAAAUUUUGACGGAUUAUCAAGAAGAUGGAACAAUGUUUGGAUGGUGCUUUUGAUUUCUUGAAAAGUGACUGCCAUGACAGCAAUUUAGUUUAUGGAAAUUUGUAUUCUGAGGAAUCACGUUCAGAGCAUGUGCCCUUUUAAAAUUGGUGGAUGAUGAUUUAGAUUCGUGGCCUUUUUUUCAACAGUUUGUGAUCAGCCUUGUGGUGAUGACUUAGGAACAUGAAGAACAUAUAUGUUGCCUGCUCUGGCAAAUGUAGGCACGACUUCAGACGUUGUAUAAUGUGCCUGUAUGACUUUUACAAAAUGUAGCAUGUCUGGGCAAGUUUCUGUCAUAUUUUACCAUGUAUCACCUCAAUACUCGAAUGGUGCUGGCACCUUUCAGACUGAAUAUCUCUGAAAAUGGUAGCUUUAGAACAUUUCGAAGUUUGUAUUAACCGUAAAUGUUACUGCAUGUUUGUCUUAUGAAAUCAAUGAAACAAAACAUGGUUUUACAGUUUGCGGACCUGCCCUUAAUUGUGCAACCAUACCACAUCCUGCAACCAUUCCAAAGUGUAAUGGUCAUACGAUUGCUGUAGGGAUUGGUGUUUUGCAAUCAGAGGUAGGCCCGGGAUCUGCUUCAUUGAUGUUCAAGUCUAUAUACCGUGUAUUGUGAUUAAAUGUAUUGUAACUUAUAUUCUGUGUAAUGUAUAACUAUUUUAAUUGAUAUCCAGGUUUUGGCGAGUUGCUCAUAAGUAAAUAGGUAUACCUGGGUUUCUGUAUUGGAUUUACAUUAUAUAUUUUUGGUUUUACUAUUUUGCAAGCCAUGAUAAUGUAAAUACCUAUCUUAUUUAUUGCAUAGCUUUUUAUUCGGAGAAAACUGUACAAAAAUAUUAAUGAUGUUUUCAUACUAAUGUCGAUUAACAUCGAAUUUAAUAGGACCGGUAAUGAAAUCUGACACGGACAUUUUUGCUAUGGGGGUGUAAAAAUGAAGGGGUUUACAAUAGACAUAGGAGCUGGGUUGGACCUGGUCAACUCCAAUAGUUGGAUUUUGUAUACACCCUUUGAAGUGGCUUAAUUACUGAUAGACUAGCUUAAACUGUCUUCCUUGUUUCUGCCUGAACUGUGUUCAAUUGCCUUAUGAUCAAAACUUGAGUGAGGCCUUUCUCCUUUUGAAUGGUGCUACAGCUUUCGCAACCAAAAUUCCACAACAAAAUCCGGAUGAUCUCCGCAACAUCAACGAUCAAGUCAUUACCUGAUGAAGUCUUGUGGUGUUCUGACAAAAAUUUGAAGAACAUUGACUUUCAAACUGCUUAUGAUAAGAGAACCUUUUGACUAUAUCAAACUCAGCUGAUAACUUAGUAUCUUUAUGGUGCACUCCAGACUUGCCAGUCUUUGAUCAGCGAGUUUAGAGUAUAUCACAACCUUGCUGAGUUGCAUGGUUGAGACCAUGUUUAUUGACUAUUUAUGACAUGUGCAUAUUUUGCUUUCAGUAUUUACAAAACUGCUUGUAUAAAGUCAGAUAUACUAGAGAAAAGGAUACAUGUGUAUGAUAAUAUAUGAUAUUCAUGUGAAUUUUCAUUUUCUCAAUAAAAUGUAGAUGCCAUUUUAAUGCAGA